CUCAUAUUUUUCACUCACAUUGAAAAGGCCAAGUAGAUGUAAACAGAGCCUGGGAAGACAGAAAUAUGUCUUCAGCAAAUCAUCAUGACUUGUACGGCCCGGAGCACUUCGAGAAUGAUGCGACGGGUACGGAGGCGUUGGGUUAUGCUGUCGCCGUCUCCACAUCCACAGUUAACGACUCCAGCCCGCCAGCUAGCACGUCCAUCAGCACCAGCUCCAGUACCAGCUCCACCUCAGCCCGCGAUCCCUCACCCCCACCUCUAAACACCGCCCCCGCAGACCAACCCAUACGUCGCAAAAGCAUUCACACAAAACUAGAAAAUGCAGUCGGGAAGAUACAGCUGAAGGUUGGACGAGCAGUGCACAACAGACAUUUGGAGAGUGGUGGGGAGGCAAAGAUUGAGAAGGCGGGAUUGGAGGCAGAGGUUAGGGGGUUUGAGAGGUAGAUAGACACUACUGCACCUACACAAGAAGAAGAAGCGAGUGACCAUACACUGGGAGUUGGAACGGUAUGAGAGAUACAAGCAUGGUUCGAACCAAGACUUCCCAAAGUUCAUGAAUUC